UUGGCAGAAGCAGCAGAGCUAGCGACACCAUAGAUCCUCGCCUGCUGGAUCUGUACAAGGAAGCAACAGAGCUCGUUGGCAUCGAGAACCCUAGGGAUGAACUAAUUCAGAAGCUAAUGCACGGGAUCGAAGAUUGCAACCAGCGAUUGAGGUCAAUCUCAAUUGUUGGAAUUGGUGGGCUUGGCAAAACCACUCUUGCCAGAGCAGUGUAUGACAAUAUAAAGGCACAGUUUCGUUCUAAGGCCUUUGUUUCGGUCGGUCAAGAGCCUGACAUAAGAAAUAUUUUCAAGAAGAUCCUCCAUGAACUUGAUGAACAAAAGUACGCAAAUAUCAACGAGGCGAAAAGGGAUGAAGAACAACUCAUCAAUGAACUAAGAAGGUUCCUAAAGGAUACAAGGUAUUUGAUUGUUGUUGAUGAUGUUUGGGAGACAAAAACAUGGAAAUUUAUUAAUUGUGCCUUUGUGGAUAGUAAUUGUGGAAGCAGAGUAAUCACAACAACUCGCAAAAAUACAGUUGCCGAAGUAGUUGUUAAAGAAGUUGGUGAUAUUUACACUAUGGAGCCGCUUUCCAGUGCCAACUCGGAAAGGUUGUUCUACGGCAGAAUAUUUGGUGAUGUCUGCAAAGCCCCAACUGAUUAUCAAUUGAUUGAGGCAACCGAAAAGAUUUUAAAGAAAUGUGGUGGCGUACCAUUGUCUAUAAUUACAAUAGCCAGUUUGUUGGCUGAUAAGUCUAUAAGGGACUGGUCUUCAGUUUAUGAUUCUAUUGGUUUCGGGCCUACAGAUAAAAAUGAGGUAGUUGAAAAUACGAGAAAGAUAUUAUCUUUUAGCUACUAUGAUUUGCCCUCAUAUCUAAAGCCAUGUUUGCUCUACCUAAGUAUAUAUCCUGAAGAUCAUUGGAUUCAGAAUAAUAGUUUGAUAUGGAAAUGGGUAGCAGAAGGCUUUGUCCAUAAGGAACCAGGGAAGGCAUUAUUCGAAGUUGGAGAAAGUUACUUAAUCGAGCUUAUACGUAAAAGCAUGAUCCAACCUGCAGAGUCUUAUGGCAGCUUCUUGACUUGGUAUCGUAUCCAUGAUAUGGUGCUAGAUCUCAUUCGCAUCUUGGCAACUAAAGAAAACUUUGUAAAAAUAUUGGACAGAGAAGCUGAGGAGCAUAGCUUGUCUUCGCAUAGCAGCACUGUCCGCAGGAUAGCAUUGCACAAGAGAGGGAACCAAGAAGAAAAUGAUAACCUUUCUGCCGGGAUGAAACAAUUGAGGUCACUCAAUGCCAUUCAAUCUCCUAUUAGCACGAUGCCCUCCCUUGUGAGCUUCCAGGUUCUACGGGUACUAGCUCUAGAAGACUGUGAUAUCAAAGGAGGAUUACAGCUGAAGCAUAUCGGAAAGCUACGUCAGUUGAGGUACCUGGGUUUGAGAGGCACAAAAGUUUCUGAGCUCCCAAGUGACAUAGUUGAGCUCGUGGACCUGCAGACGCUGGACGUCCUAGAAACAGGCCUCAAGGAAGUACCAAGGAGCAUUGGCAAGCUAAGCAAGCUAAUGUACCUGCGUGUGAGUCAAAGCACGAGGAUACUGACAGGGUUUGGCAACCUGAGGUCACUGCAAGUGCUAAGCAUCUACUGGGAUUCCAUUGACAACUAUGAAAACUUCGCCGUGGAGGUGGGCAAGCUGACAGAACUAAGGAGCCUCACAGUUGAUGGAAAUGCUCACGAGGUCGAUGAUAACACAUACAAGUGCCUGAUGGAGUCUCUGUGCAGCUUGCACAAAAUCCAAAACCUGGCAAUCUUUGGGUCUGGAAGGGAUUUGAGCGACUGGGAAGGUUGGGACCACUGGGAGCCUCACCGGAAGCUCAGCGAGUUCUUCAUGUCAUACACUGAGUUCCCUCGCCUGCCGGCGUGGGUGAACUCUACGUGUGUCCCGUACCUCUCCGAACUGACAAUUGACGUGUCGACCGUGGAAGCGAAGGACCUGGACGCCCUUGCCAGGCUACCGCUGCUCAGCUUACUCCGUCUGAAUGUCCGCCAUAGAUUUCCGUGGGCUGUAGCUGGUGGAGGAGGACUGUUUCAGAACCUGAGAUUCUUGAAUACCAACAUGCCGCUCGCAUUCCUACGGGGAGCGACGCCGAAGCUGAAGGACGUCGAACUCUACCCGCACGUAUCCCAAGAUGGUGAUGCCAGUGACAUCGGCUUGGGGAGCCUCCCGUUGCUCAAGACCGUCGAGGUUGCACUCGACUGUGAGGCUGCGACUCCCGCGCAGGUGGAGGAAGCAGAGGCGGCGUGGAGGCACACGGUGCACGCUCACCCCAACCGACCUGUUCUUUAUUUGCGCCGAGAGGGAGAGAAUCUGAUGAAAGAAGACAGUGAUCCUGACGAGGAGGAGAUUUCAGACACUGAUGAGGUUGACGGAAAUGACGACGACGAGAUUUCAGCACAAGAGCAGCAGAUAUAUACCAAGAAGAUGAAAAGGGAGACGACUUAAAAUGAACUGAAGAGGAGUACAAGGCAGGUGUUGCUCGUUGCUGCUGCUGUUACUGUUAUUGUUGUUCCUUCCAUGUUUUUCUCGAGGAUUUACAUAUUGUGGUUUGCAAUGGUUGUCAAGUCUUCAAUAAGGCCCAACUGGACUCAGACUGAAAUACUGAUCAUACUGGCUGCUGAAACUAUCAUGUCUGGGUUCUGCACUAUGCUUGUUUUCCAAUAUCACUUUGUAUUAUUAACUUACUUGAUCCAAGGGUUGGUUGAAACAUGUAAACCAUUUUUUGUUUGUAUGUGUUUUACAAUGUUGUCUGCUAGUAGUAGAAAUAAUAUAUACUGAUUUUUUCUAA